UAUCAUAAGGAUCAGGAGCAAAUGCGCAGAGUGCCACAGCAUCAGUUGGGAUCGAAAGGACUCCUUCUAAUCGGUGCCGGACAAGUGUGCGGUAUUUGCAAUGUGAGAUACCAAGACGGCGUCCUCUAAUAUGAUAUUCGACCAGCCUUUGUCGAGAGUACGACUGGAUGUAGUAAUCCCGGGCUCAGACGAAACCGUCCACCACUACCUCUUCGAUUGUCCGCAAUACGCACAAGAACGUCACCAACUCGCCAACACUCUCCGCCGUCAAGCAACAUCUAUUUCAUUCAUCCUCACAGCUGAAGAAGCCACCAAGCCGCUCAUGCGCUAUAUCAGAAAAACAGGCAGAUUUAAGCCAACGUUCGGUGAGAUUUCGGACAAAUAGACAGCUCACACGAAUCACCUGCUUCACAGUGUAUCACCACCCCGCACGAAUA